CAUAUAUUCUUUCGAUACUUUUUAGUUUUUACCUCUCAUUCCUAUCUACGGCCAAUCUUUGUGCCCUUUUUCGCCUCUCAUCUCUUGUUUGUUUCAUUGAUUUUGAAAAAGAAAAUAGAAAAUCGAACCCAAUUUAUCAUUUUUUUUUUGGUUGCAUUGGAUCAUGGGAUUUAAAUCUUUGUUCAACAGGAAGAAGAAACAACGCCUUCCGAUGACUGCCACAAACUCGAUGACUAUCAACUCCCGUUCAUCCUCCUUGAAUUCCAGAUCGCAGAUCGAGGAGGAGCUCGAACAAGUUUUCAAGAAAUUCGACGUUAAUGGCGACGGAAAGAUCUCGUCUUCCGAGUUGGGUUCAAUUAUGGGCAGUCUCGGCCAGCCAGCGACGGAUGAAGAGCUUGAGAUCAUGAUCAAGGAGGUGGAUGCCGACGGCGAUGGAUUCAUCAACCUGAAAGAAUUCAUUGAACUAAACACGAAGGAUAUCGACUCGGAUGAGGUGCUCGAGAAUCUCAAGGACGCGUUCUCGGUUUUCGACAUUGACAAGAAUGGCUCGAUAUCAGCCGAGGAAUUGCAGAAUGUGUUGAAGAGUCUUGGAGAGGAAUGCACAUUGUCCGAGUGCAAGAAGAUGAUAAGUGGGGUGGAUGCAGAUGGCAAUGGCAUGAUCAGUUUUGAUGAGUUUAAGGUCAUGAUGAUGAUGGGAUCGCGGUUUGACGCCACCGUGGAACCCAAGAUUGGUUGAUUCUGGAUAGUAUUAGAAAGGAAAGAUUAUUGAUUCUACACAAUCUCUAUUUUUAUGUUUAUAUAUUUGUUUCCCUAUGAUCUUUUGAGGUAGUGAAUAGAGAUUGAUUCUUCUUAACUUUGGCAUCCGAUUGUUUAAAUUGAA